CUUGUUUUCGCUUUACACGUCGUCAUAAUAAAACUGUAACAAUUGGCAAUUUUAUUCUUAUCAAUUGUUAUUAAACUAUUAUUUGGUUCCAGCUGUUCACAUUAUGGAUUCAGAGAAAAUCGAACUCGUAUCGUCAGACAGGGGAAAAAUAAUUAUUUCUUUAUCCACUUUUAAUAAAAUUCGCAACGAACAGCUGGAAUCUAUAAUUGAAGGUGGAAAAAAAUCGAGCAUUCUGAAACUGCCAUACCCCACAGAAGUCGUCGCUCGGGUUGUUAAUUAUUUGCGUACAGAUGAUCCUCAGUUAAAAUCCUUGGACAACAGUUUCCAGUUGUAUGACUUGAGCAGAAAAUAUUCAAUUAAAAUUUUAAGCAGAAAGUGUGAGAAGUUCAUUAUUGAUCAGUUGAAUAUGAAAAAUGUGUGCGCAAUUUACGAUUUUGUGUGCAAAAUGAAUCUCUCUCAGAUACAACAUCGUUGCUGGAAAAUUUUCGAUACGUAUUGGACAGAGAUAUUCGAGGGAGAAGACUUCAAAUCCUGUGAAACUACGACAAUAGACAGGUUAGUGUCUCGUCCAUUAUACACAAGUAUGAGCGAAGUGGAUAUAUUUUUGGCUGUCUACAACUGGAUAGAAGAGAAGUGCAAACGAGAGAUGGGAACGUCAUUUGUUCAAAUGGAUGAAAACGCCAAGAAAGAAAAAUAUCGAGAAGAAUUGAAACCAUUUAUUGAAAAAAUCAGAUUCUUAGCCAUGAGCAAACAGGAAUUAAUUAAUAAAAUAUUCAAACUAUAUUUGUUUACUGAAGAAGAAGAAAAAUUUAUCCUCGUCUGUAAAGAAACGAAAAAUUUUUCAGUUUUCCCGAGUUAUUUGAGUAAAAACUCAAACGACAGAUGCAAGAGCAAAUCUUUAAAUUAUACAUCUUUAUUCGAGUAUAAACAUAAAAAAGAAUCUUCUCGUGUAAAUCAAGAAAUCAAAAAGCCAUUUACGUAUUUCAGCACCGAGAUAUUUGUGAGGGAAGAUUGUUUCGUCACUAAUCUCGAUCUUCCCAUUACACUUAAUAGUAAAUACUUACCAAUGCAUAUCUAUGGUUACAUAAAUUCGGUAGAAAGCGGUGUUCUUCAUUUGGAAUCUUUCUGCAAUUCCCUAGGAAAAGUAAAGUUGGUUGAACCAAUAUUCGUUGGGAAAAAUUCGACUUGUCGUCUGUGCGCAGUUUUUGCUCACGAUCAUUGGCUUCUUCACAAUAUAAAUUCACCUUUACGAUCAGCAGAAAUUUUUGCUACUCCCGAACAAUCGGAGGGGAUGUUAUUCGAAGAGAAAUUGAUUAAAGAUGGGAUCAUUGAAGAAGAAAGUAAUAAUUUUUACUUCUUUGUCUACUUGUACUUUUAAAAAGAAUCCAUAUAUUGCUUCACUUAUAUAAAUUCGACAAACAAGAUCUGAAAAUUUACACUUGAGGUGAUUUUACAGUAUCAAAUUUUAUUUCGAAUAAUCGUUAAAAACA